GAAAACCUCUCAUAGCGCAUUUACGUUGUGUCCUGCACAAUUUUAAGAUCUCUCUGGUUUUCUGAUCUACUUCUACCAGGCUGAAAUGAGUUUUUCAGUCUUUUUUUUCUAAUUAACUAUAACCAGUCUCUCACCGCUGGAGAUAGUACAGUAGGUUUGCAGACCUUCUCCUCGGUCACUGAUUCUCUCUGCACACUCUGUAUUCAAGCGCUACAGGUCAGCGCUAUAGCAACAGAGAGGCGUGGCCAGUGACCUCAGCAGAGCUGAUUAUAGCCACUGUUGUAAUAGUGAAGCUCCGCCCACUCCACCUGACCCUGCAGGAGAUUACACAGAGAGAGAGAGAGAGAGAGAGACACUGAAUCUCAGCUCCUGCAUUCAGUAACCAGACACUCGCAGGUGAAUAUCUGAACAGAGACAGAGGGAGUGGUUGGAGAGAAAAGUAAUCAGACCUGCGCGACUCCUUACUCUCCAAAGACAGCGCUGAACUUUCUCCAGGAGAAACACAAGACUCCGCCGGAGCAGGAAGUGCUUGGAAAAAACCCUCGGGAAAGUUUAAGGGAAAUAUCUGGAGCUCGUAUCCGUUAGUUCUGUGAGAUUCCUUGAACUAGUUCAACACUGUAGACUCUCUGUUUGGUUUCUCUCUUUGGAGAAUCACACUGAACUGCAGUAAAACUACUUCUGGAGCAGAAGUGUUUCCAAAUGCUGGAGCGAGAGCGAGAGAACGCCGGGGAUUUUCACGCACAGAAACCUUUUGUUUUCUCCGGUCUUUGAAACUAGAGCGCAUGCAGGUUGAAGUAAAACCACACUAAGUAUGCAGCUAUUGGGUUUCAGCUCAUAGCAUUCAAUGCAAACAGCGAUAUGGAUUCGAAGCACACUGGGAUCUCUUCAGGGUUUUCCACGUCCGAUCAGACGACGGCUGUGUUGACGUCAUUUCGAACAUUACCUGAUGAAGCUGCUAAUGGUUAUAAUGGAGUAGCAGAUCCUUUGAGACCGAAAUCUGGAGCUGGUUUGGAGGAAAAUGUGGACCGGUCUUCUGAUCCGUAUCUGGUGCAGGUGACCCGAGUGGAGACGUACAUCGACGAUGAGGAAGACACCACAGGCCUUCAGAGAAGGGAACAUGAAGGAUCUGAGGAGAAACUCGAGCCGUUUGUUGUCAAAGCCGAGAGUCUCGUGGAGCGAUCGCUUAAAGACGCUUCGAUUCUGAGCCGGAGAGGCUCGUACGGAAAAAUCAACCGCUCGCUGGAUUUCUCACCCCGCAUUUUGGAAGACACCAAGAAAGAGCGUUCUUUGAGCGUUCAUAGAGUAGAUUCAGCGUCAGAAAUACUAAACAGAAGUUUCACAGGCGACUCAGACGUUAGCAGCUGGAGACGAGUCCUUGCUCUUCACAAAUCUGCGUCUGGAUCAGAUGUUUCUUCGCUUUCAGAAGAAGGCAAUUCAGAAGCAGAUCCAGCGUCUCAGACGGAUUCCCAAAAAGGAGAUACUGAGGUUUUACCCACCUCAGAUCUUCAGCCGGAGACAAAAGGUCUUUCAGAGACGGUCUCGGGAUCUGAGUGCGUGCCAGAUGCUCUUUCUCCUCCUAUUAAAGACUCCAAACUGGACAACAGCUUGGCUAAAAGCAGCGGAGACAGAUACCAGAUUCCCGCUUUGUUCAGUGGUUUACGAGUGUUAAAGAAAGGAGCAGUCGGAGACGACAGGGAGACGCUUUCAGAAAUCAAACAGCGAGACGCGGAUCGAGCGCUGCUGAGCCUCAAACAACACGUCAACAAAGCCAAACUCGAUCAAACCACCAGCGCUGGAGUUACUAAGAAGAAAAGCCAACCCAGAAGUUUGUCUGAAAUCACUGGUUUGCUACAGAAAGUGUCGAACGCUGAACUCAAACAGAACGAGGACAAAUCCAUCGCUCCGGAUCCGAGCGAUGAAGUGAGCGCUGCUAAAACCGUGACGGAUACGUCGUUUGAUGCCUUAAAAUCCAAAUUAUCCAGCUCUAAACCUGCUAAAAAGGAUCCUGUGGAUGCCGCGCUGGAUCUGGACGCUGUCAGGAGGAAGAAGAAGAACGAUAAAGAGCUGCUGAGGUCUAUCUUUGAGAGGCAGAGUAAAGCGCCGCUCGCUGACAGUCCUACAGAGGAGAAAUCUGAGGUCACGUCUCCGUCCGACGCUGAGGACCGAACCCCUGGCCGUCUGCAGGCCGUCUGGCCUCCACCUAAAGAAGAUGGAGAGGAGAAGGUUGGUCUGCGUUACACUGAAGCCGAGCACCAGGCCGCUCUCCUGCAGCUGAAGAGAGAGUGUAAAGAGGAGCUGGAGAAACUGCAUGCGGAUUUCGAGCUGCGGCUCUUCCGGGUUCGAGGCGAGCAUGCGGAGAUCGUGUCUCGUCUGGAGUCGCUCAUCGGCGGGAUGCAGCGGACGCAGGUGUAUAACACCGUCCAGGAGCGCGGCGAGCUGCAGGACGUCUGCGUCUCCACCGAAGACGACCAGCCGCCCAAAAGCUUCCGCAACGUGUGCGUCCAGACCGACCGCGAGACCUUCAUCAAAACCCCCGAGGGCAACGGGGCCAGACCAGCGCCGAGCUCCAGCCCGCCCAAAAAACUGGACCUGGACUCCAUCAGCAUGAGUCUGGGUGUGGGUCAAGGACCGCCUCCUCUACCUGGUAGCUCCGCCCCUCCUCCUGCUCCACCCUUACCUGGAUUUGCACAUGCUCUGCCCCCUCCUCCACCUCUCCCCGGAGCCCCGCCCCCUCCUCCACCCCUUCCCGGAGCCCCGCCCCCACCUCCUGGUCUUCCAGGAGCUCCACCUCCUCCUCCACCUCUCCCUGGAGCACCGCCCCCUCCCGGUCUACCAGGAGCUCCGCCUCCUCCACCACCUCUCCCUGGAGCCCCGCCCCCUCCUCCACCCCCUCCCGGUCUACCAGGAGCUCCGCCCCCUCCUCCACCCAUGCCGGGCUUUGGCGCUCCUCCUCCGCCUCCUGCUUUCGGUGGGUUUGGAUUCGGACAGGCGACGGAGAAAGCGCCGCGUAAACCGGCCGUGGAACCGGCCUGCCCCAUGAAACCGCUCUACUGGAGCCGCAUCCAGAUUCAGGACAACAAUAAUAACACGCUCUGGAGUUCUCUGGAAGAGCCUGAUAUCAUAAACACCAAAGAGUUUGAGGAUCUGUUCUCCAAAGCCACGGUCCAGGCCAAGAAGAAGCCGCUGUCAGACACGUACGAGAAGAAGAACAAAGCCAAGAAGAUCAUCAAGCUGCUGGAUGGCAAACGCUCUCAGGCCGUGGGAAUAUUAAUAUCCAGCCUCCACCUGGAGAUGAAGGACAUUCAGCAGGCUGUUCUGACGGUGGAUCAUUCUGUGGUGGAUCUGGAGACCAUUGAAGCUUUAUAUGAGAACAGAGCUCAGCCUGACGAACUGGAGAAGAUCAAGAAACAUUACGAGACGUCUAAAGAAGACGAGGUGAAACUUCUGGAUAAACCGGAACAAUUCCUGUACGAACUCUCCCAGAUUCCCGACUUCGCCCGGCGCGCGCACUGCAUCAUAUUCCAGUCUGUGUUCGUGGACUCCAUAUCAUCCGUCCAUCAGAAGGUGGAGAUCAUCUCUGCUGUGUCCAAGGGUUUUCUUGAGAACGACAGCGUGAAGGACGUGAUCGGCGUCAUCUUGGCCUUCGGGAACUAUAUGAACGGUGGAAACCGGACCAGAGGUCAGGCGGACGGAUUCGGACUGGACAUACUGCCUAAAUUAAAAGAUGUCAAGAGCAGGGACAAUCGUAUAUGUCUGGUGGAUUAUAUGGUGUCGUACUACCUGCGAAACAUGGACGAGAACGCAGGAACAGAGAAGAGCGUUUUCCCGCUGCCCGAACCUCAGGAUCUCUUCCACGCUGCUCAGGUCAAGUUUGAAGAUCUCGCAAAAGACCUUCGCAAGUUAAAGAAGGAGCUGACAGCGUGUGUGAAGGAGGUUGAGCAGGUGUGUGAAAACUCCUCUGAGGAACAUCUACAACCCUUCAAGGACAAGAUGGAGACCUUCGUCAGCACCGCUCAAUCGGAGUACGAGACUGAAGACGAGCGUCUGCAGGCGGCACAGAAGAGCUUCCAGGACAUGGUGAUGUACUUUGGGCUCAAACCCAAGUCUGGAGAGAAGGAGGUUUCUCCAAACUACAUCUUCAUGCUGUGGUACGAGUUCUGCAACGACUUCAAGAACACCUGGAACCGAGAGAAUAAAAACAUCUCCAAAGAGAGACUGAAAGAAGCUCAGCAAACCGUCCAGAAAAUCACAGCUGAGAAGAAAGUGGAGACGAAGAAGAUCAACGCAAACAGUCUGAAAGAACGACUGCGAAUGAAAGAAGCGGGUGUUUCGUCCAGCUGAAGCGUCUCGUCACAUCCGGCAGGACAGGAACACGCUGCUUGUGUUCGUCUGGAGGACGAGAAGGUACUGAAGAGCAUUUCAUCAUCAGAUUCCAGAAACCCGCAUCGAGUGUUUGGAGAGAAACGUGUCGUAAUCAGCAGUGCCUCGUGUUCAUCAAAUCAAAACAUGUUUAUUAUCUGUGUUUGUACUCACUUCUUGCCAAAAUGAAACUCGAUGAAGCACUUCUACACUCCUCCUCGCUGGUGAAGAAGAGAAACGUGCAGAUCAUAUUCAUGUGAGAACUCUACAGUGAGCGUGUAGCAACAUCUGAUGAUAUUAUUUCCGUGAUUCAAAACCCUAUUUAUUCACAGAAUGAAGGAAUAGAAUAUGAUGUUAUUUCCUGUUGGUUCACGUGUGGUUUAUUUCAGGCCCGAAGGUGUUUUCACUGUUACAGACCUCCUGGAACAUUAUCACAGUGUCAGGUUUUAUGGACAUUUGUUUUAAUUUCCUGUGAUAAUUUGUACAUUUAUUAGGUGCAAUAAAUGUUUUGAACAUCAGCAUCUGCGCAAGACUCUCAAAACCCGAAGAAAAUAUGUCUUCUGAUU